CCAUCAGUCCCGUGCAGCAGCAGCAGCAGCAGCAGCAGCAGCAGCCUCUCCUCAGAGAUGGAGAGCUGGUAGAAGCGCAGCAGCAGCGGCCGCUCCCCCCCUGACUCGCUCCGGUGGAUGUUGGAUGUACCAUGAGGUCUCCGCAGCUCUGGGCGGCUCUGUGCCUCCUCCUCACCGCCUCCUGCCGGCUCUGCGCGGCCGCCCGACACGGUUGUUUGUUUGAAAAGAAGCUCUGUCCGAGGGAUCAGCUGUGCAACGAUGAUGGCUUGUUCGGACAGUGCCGGGCUCCUCACCAGGAGCCAAUCCAGUACCAGGUGUCUGUACCCGUCCUGCACAAGCUGCAGGAAGUCCUCAAAGACCUGAUGGUGCAAGGUCUGACGUGGAAGGACGACAUCACGCAGGCGAUCAUCAGCCGGGAGUUGAGUCACGUCCCCACAGUCGGGUCCUCCUCCAGACUCCGUGAGAAGUCGCCCAAACAGUUGUCCAGACUGUCGGGCCCCAGUCAGAGGAGAGUUCAGGGGCCCGAGGGUCCAGCUAACUCAGAGUUGAUGCAGCAGUAUGUGGACUACAUGAUCCUCGACCCCUCCCAAUCCUCCGUCCACAUGCAGACGCCGCUGCUGGACCCUUACACCUACCACCAGCAGCAGUACGGCUACCAGGAGCAGGAGGAGCGCUCCCUCAACUCUCUGGACGAUAAUCCAGCCUUUCCGCUCCUCGCCUCCCCUGCUCGCUCCAGAUCCCGAGGAAGCUCUCUGGACAGAGACCGCCAGCUUCUCCAGGACCUGGUUUCCUUUUACCUCACCUCCCCUUCUUCCUCCUCCUCCUCCUCCUCUUCUUCCUCCUCCUCCUCUUCCUCUCCUGUGCAGUCCUUCUCCCGCCACAGAGCGGCGGCAGCAGCAGCAGCAGCAGCAGGAUUUCCCUCUUCACUGUCCUCCUCCUCAUCUUCCUCCUCCUCCUCCUCCUCCUCCUCCUUCUUCCCGGAGCUGGACUUCCCCCUGGACUAUGGUGAGGACUACAUUUCCCAGGUGGCCCAGCUCAGUAAGCAGCAGCAGCAGCAGCAGCAGCAGCAGGAGCAGGCGGAGAAGAAGGAGCAGGAAGAGUACGACGCCCUGUCAGGACUGGAUGAGCGCUCUCUGCAGAGGUUGGCUCUGCUGCUCGACCACUACGGCCUCGACGUGAAGGAUUUGUCCCCCGAGCAGAAAGACAACCUGCCGGCCGCCCUGAAGCAGCUCCAGCUGGAGAGCUCCUACGCCCACAAACAGACCAAAGAUAAAUAUGGAAACAAUGCUGCCACAGGAAAAAAGAUCACAGAGGGUUCGAUGGCUUAUAAGAUGGUCCCCGAGGCUCCAACCUCCACCGUCAAAGCACCCAAACCAGAAGAAGGCCAGAAAGACACGACUCCCGCUUUAGCAGCCAACCAGGAACAACUGAGGCCUAACGAACCGGCGGCCAAGGCAGAGGAGUACGGCUACAUCGUCACCAAUCAGAGCCCCCUCAGUCUGAACGACGGGGUGCGUCUGUUGGAGCGUCUGUCAGAGAGGAUCGGCCUCUCCACCGGCGCCUUCAUCAACAUCAGCGUGGUCGGACCUGCGAUCACCUUCAGGAUCAGACCGAACUCCAAGAACCUGACGGCUGGAGAUGUGGCAGAGAAGGCGGUUGCAGAGAAGAACUUUCUGGAGUCUGAGACGGGCCUGAAGGUGCUGCAGGGCGGUGUCGGAGAGAGGAAUGAUGGGAAAGCGCUGCCCGUGGCGACCCGAGUCCAGCCCGGCUCCCGCGUGGUGUUCUCCACGCUGGUGGCCAUGGCCUGCAUUGGCGGCAUCCUGGUGGCGGCCAUGACCAUCGCCUGCCUGCGCCACCACGCCCACCGGCUGGCAGCGAAGAAGCUGGGUCUGGGACCAGAGGGGGGCAGCUUCAGCCACCAGGAGUACCAGGACCUGUGUCGCCAGCACAUGGCCUCCAAAGGAGCCUUCGGACGCAUGGAAGCCGCUGCCCUCGGCGCCGUGGGAGGUGCGAGCGGAGGAGGAGGAGGAGGAGGAGGAGGAGGAGGAGGAGGAGGAGGAGGAGGAGGAGCAGGAGCAGCGGGAGGAGGAGGUGCAGACUCGAGGGUGAGCAGCGUGUCGUCCCAGUUCAGCGACGGAGCCCAGCCCAGUCCGAGCUCCCACAGCAGCACGCCGUCAUGGUGCGAGGAGCCGGCGCAGGCCAACAUGGACAUCUCCACCGGUCACAUGAUACUGGCCUACAUGGAGGACCACCUGAGGAACAAGGACCGUCUGAUGAAGGAGUGGGAGGCUCUGUGCUCCUACCAGGCCGAGCCCAGCGCCGUCUCUGUGGCUCAGAGCGACGCCAACGCCAAGAAGAACCGCUGCCCCGACUCCGUGCCCUAUGACCACUCGAGGGUGAAGCUGAAGGCGGAGGUCAACCCGUCACGCUCUGACUACAUCAACGCCAGCACCAUAAUUGAGCACGACCCCCGGAUGCCUGCCUACAUCGCCACCCAGGGCCCCCUGUCACACACCAUCUCUGACUUCUGGCAGAUGGUGUGGGAGAACGGCUGCACCGUGAUUGUGAUGAUGACGGCCCUGGUGGAGGACGGAGACAAGCAGUGUGACCGCUACUGGCCUGAUGAGGGCUCGUCCCUCUACCACAUCUAUGAGGUCAACUUGGUGUCGGAGCACAUCUGGUGCAACGACUUCCUGGUGCGGAGCUUCUACCUGAAGAACGUGCAGACGCAGGAGACCAGGACACUCACGCAGUUCCACUUCCUCAGCUGGCCGGCACAGGGCAUCCCCACCUCCACACGCCCCCUGCUGGACUUCCGCAGGAAGGUGAAUAAGUGCUACCGAGGACGAUCCUGCCCCAUCAUCGUGCACUGCAGUGACGGUACAGGCCGGACUGGGACUUACAUCCUGAUCGACAUGGUUCUCAAUCGCAUGGCUAAAGGUGUGAAAGAGAUCGACAUCGCUGCUACGCUAGAGCAUGUCCGAGACCAGAGGCCUGGGAUGGUUCGCACCAAGGACCAGUUUGAGUUCGCCCUGACAGCCGUCGCUGAGGAGGUCAACGCCAUCCUCAAAGCUCUGCCCCAGUGAAACCAGUAUGACCCCGCACCAAAUUGUGCUACUGUUGGGUCAUCAUGUUUGUUUUUUUGUCUCUCUUGUCAAGGUAAAAUUAUUGAUGGGAAAAAAGUGUUAAAAGAUCCCUGGUUAAGUACAGGAUGUUUUGCAAUGCGGUUAGGGGUGAAUUCUGAUUGAUUGCACAUCUGUAGCUUCCCUUCCUCUCUAACACCUGACUAACACCUGCAGAAAAUAAAAACACACCGUACCGUCCUUCUCUUUGUGUGCCAUCAUCACUGGAUAUAGUGUUGUUACCUCAUGCAAAUCAGAAAAUUAAAAAAAAAAAGAAAGAAAGAAGAGAAAUUGCUAUUCUAUGAAAAAAAGAAAAGCUAUUUUGUAUAUGUGAGUCCUUAAAUAAAUCUUUUCGUGUUUAAGUGCUGCAAUCAG